AGAAUAAUUACCCUACAUAGAAAUGCACCUUGCAUUUAUUUCACCGCAAUUCUAUUUCAUUUCAGAGCAAUUUUAUAUAUUGUAAAGCUUGUUGUCAAGCUUUAGGCUGUGCGCAGUAAACCCCAUAGGAUCAGAUUCGACAUUUUCAGAGCGAGGAGAAAAAUGGCUGAGCCAGACUCGUGGGAAGACAUGGACGCCCAAACUUCGAAUCCGCCGGCUUCCUCUCGACUGAAUGCGAACGCCCCCUCAUUUUCAUUCAAUGUAAAUGCCCCGGCCUUUGCCCCUGUUCAAAACCCUUACUAUAGUACUCCGCCCCCACAGGCAGCUCCCGCCGCCUUUUUUCCAGUGAAUCGCCCACAAUUUGUAAACCCAGCGAAUCCUGCAAUAAACGCUGGAAAUCCUUCUGUAGGGUUUAAUCCCCAAUCUUAUGGCCGUGACCCCCCUUAUACAGCCUCCGGUUCGCAGUCGACAGCUUUUUAUUCAUCGCCAGCUGGCAGUCAAUCUGCCGCUGGCAAUAUUGUUGCACAUGAGGCACCUGUAAUUGAAACCUUAGAAAGUGUGGGAGAGAAGGAUGCGAACAAUAGGCAGGGCGAGGAAUUGAAGAGUGACAAUACACAGAUGGAGGUUGAGGAUCGAUUCGUUAAAGCCGAGGCAAAAGCUGUCUCAGCCGCCAAUGGGCAGACUAAUGAUUACGAGGAUCAGGUGGCAUCUGAGUUGCAAUCCUUGAAAUUAAAGGAGGAAGUGAAACAAGAACCUACUCAAGAAAUGAGCAUCAACAAAGGAGAUCUGGAUCUAGAAAAUGUUGAGGAUUUUGAAGAAUCAGAAGAGUUAGAAAAUAAGCAGCACCUAAAUGUUGUUUUCAUUGGUCAUGUUGAUGCGGGCAAAUCAACUAUUGGUGGGCAGAUAUUGUUCUUGAGUAAUAUGGUGGAUGAAAGAACAAUCCAAAAAUAUGAAAAGGAAGCAAAGGAAAAGCAUCGAGAAAGUUGGUAUAUGGCAUAUAUUAUGGAUACAAAUGAGGAAGAGCGUGCAAAGGGGAAGACAGUGGAGGUUGGUAGAGCUCAUUUUGAAACUGAAAAGUCAAGGUUCACUAUUCUUGAUGCCCCGGGUCACAAAAACUAUGUACCAAACAUGAUCAGUGGUGCAUCACAAGCAGAUGUGGGAGUUCUGGUAAUUUCUGCUCGGAAGGGUGAGUUUGAAACUGGAUUUGAAAGAGGUGGGCAGACAAGGGAGCAUGCUAUGUUGGCAAAAACAUUGGGAGUUUCCAAAUUGUUGGUGGUUGUUAAUAAGAUGGAUGAACCUUCUGUACAGUGGUCUAAGGAGAGGUUUGAUGAGAUAGAAAAGAAGACAAUUCCUUUCUUCAAGGGUUGUGGUUACAAUGUAAAGAAAGAUGUGCAGUUCCUUCCGGUUUCUGGCCUUUAUGGUAUUAAUAUGAGAGAGAGGGUACCCAAGAGUAUGUGCCCUUGGUGGGAUGGACCUUGCCUUUUUGAAGCUUUGGAUGCUGUUGAAUUGCCUCCUAGAGAUCCCAAGGGUCCGUUCAGGUUGCCAAUAAUGGAUAAGUUCAAGGACAUGGGAACUGUAGUAAUGGGGAAAGUGGAGUCAGGCAGUAUAAGAGUAGGAGACAGUUUGAUUGUGAUGCCAAAUAAGGCUCAAGUGAAAGUUGUGGCUGUGUACCGAGAUAGUGGUGAAAUAAGGCUUGCAAGGCCUGGAGAAAAUAUCCGGGUAAAAUUAGCUGGUGUUGAAGAGGAGGAUAUCUCUACAGGCUUUGUCUUGUCUUCAAUUUCAAGACCCAUCCCUUCUGUUGUCGAGUUUGAUGCUCAAUUACAGAUACUAGAACUACUGGACCAUAAGGCAAUAUUCACUCCUGGAUAUAAAGCUGUAUUGCAUAUACACUCCAUCGUGGAGGAAUGUGAGAUUAUGGAAUUGUUACAUCAAAUUGAUCAAAAAACUAAAAAACCGAUCAAGAAGAAGGUCCUUUUUGUUAAAAGUGGUUCGGUUGUGGUGUGCCGUGUUCAGGUCAAUGAUUCAAUUUGUGUUGAAAAGUUUUCUGAUGUUCCACAACUUGGAAGGUUUACACUCCGUGAUGAAGGUAGAACAGUUGCAAUCGGGAAAAUAGUGAAUCUACCAAAAGUUGCAACUCAGGAAUAACGGGGUAUCAUUUGAUGAGAUGACAUCCCUCGAUAAUGAUUGUCUGUGGAAUCAUGCACCAUGAGGGAUAUGCCUAGAUGGCACUCUGCACAGAUGUCUCAGUUAAUUUGCAAGUCACUAUGACAUUCAGGUUAAAGGCCAAUAUAAUGACGGUUAUUCUACAUGGUCUGAACAGCAGAAAGGAACAGUGCAUAAUGGGGGGAUUGAUAAAGCUUGCAUUGGGUCACGUAUUAAUGAUUAGAAACCUAGAUUGCUUGCCUUUUUUUAAUUUGUAAUCAUUGUUGCAAGCAUCAGCUAUGGGAUGCCCUGGGGCUUAGAGAGAAAAAUACAUCUUUUAUAGAUAUGAUCAAGAACACAAAGACCAUCCAUAAUGUGCCAUUAUUUGCGGUUUAUGGCAUCUUCCUUGUUUCUGUCGUCUAUUUGCUCUAGAGGGGCAGUUAUUUGUUUGAGAUUAUCUUUUAUACUCGAAAAGACUUUUUUGAGUGGUUUGGUCAAAUAUAAUUAUUGCAGUAGGGUAAAUUGUUUCUUCUAUUUGUCUAUGAAGUGAGAAAAGCCAAAAUGAUUGGCAUUUUUUUGGUGGUUUGAAAGUGUUUUUGAUCUAGCUACUGUAAGCUUGCAUGUAAACAUGAUUCACAUUUUCAAAUCUUCCGAACAUAUUUGUAAUAAAUUCUCAUUGGUUAUAUAUUGGAAGGUUGUUCACAAGA